AUUGCAUUUCUUAUCUUUCAUGGGGAAAAAGUCAGCGAGUGUCUCAGGGCAUAGAGGUUUUGAAUUUAAAAAAGAAAGAGGUCAACAUAUUCUAAAAAACCCCCUGGUUGUCAAUUCCAUAUUGGAAAAGGCUGCCUUGAAGCCCACCGAUAUAGUGUUGGAGAUAGGACCUGGUACUGGAAAUAUGACUGUGAAGCUCUUGCAAUUGGUGAAAAAAGUUAUUGCAGUAGAAAUAGAUCCAAGAAUGACGGUAGAGCUCUAUAGACGAGUACAGUUUAGCCCCCUCAAGGAACGAUUGGAACUGAUUCAAGCUGAUAUUUUAAAGAUGGAACUGCCCUAUUUCGAUGUUUGUGUUGCUAAUAUUCCGUAUCAGAUAUCAUCACCGCUAAUCUUUAAACUGUUGGCACAUCGUCCUUUUCACCGAUAUUCGGUGUUGAUGUUACAAAGGGAAUUCGCUAUGCGUCUAAUAGCCCAACCAGGAAGUGAAUUGUAUUGUCGUUUAUCUGUGAAUGCAAAGGCGUUGGCAAGAGUAUCUCACUUGAUGAAAGUUAGUCGCAAUAGUUUUAGACCUCCACCUAAAGUAGACAGCAGUGUAGUUCGUAUAGAACCUAGAAAUCCUCCACCUCCUGGUAACUUUUUAGAAUGGGAUGGUUUACUUCGUAUUUGCUUUCAACGAAAGAAUAAGACCUUGGGAGGUAUCAUGAAACAACAUGCUGUACUAUCUUUAUUGAACUCCAAUGAGAAACAGUUACAAAUGAUGCAAGGUUUGGAAAGUGCUAUGGAACUCACCCCAAUGAUGACAGAUGAAGAGGAACUAUCCAAGAAAGAAGAAGAAGAAGAAGAUGAUGAUGAUGAUAAUGAAACGGAAGAGUUGAAAGGAAUGAAAGAAAAAAUAAUGAGAUUAUUGGAGCAAAACAAUUUUUCCAAAUGUAGAGCUUCUAAAAUGUCGUUGGAUGAUUUUAGGAGAUUGCUUAAAACUUUUAACGAAGCCGGUCUUCAUUUUUGCUGACUAGUGCAGUGUUUGAUGUUUGU